CCUUCGCGCGCGCACACCUGUAUGGAUGACCACUUUAACCUCAUCGACUCGCCCUCCGUGAGACACCGCGGUAACGGAGAGGAGCACAGCUACGGGGAGAGGGACCGAGCCAUCAUGACAGUUGUUGCUUGUGACAGCAUGCUGGAGGAAACGACCGUGCUCCCCACUCACCUGCCCGCGGAUCGAUAUGAGCACCACCAGCACGAGUGCUGUGAGCGGGUGGUCAUCAACAUUUCGGGCUUGCGUUUUGAAACGCAGCUCAAAACUUUUAAUCAGUUUCCGGACACGUUACUUGGGGACCCAAAGAAAAGGAUGCGUUACUUUGAUCCCCUGAGAAACGAAUAUUUCUUCGACAGAAAUCGACCCAGCUUCGAUGCCAUCUUGUACUACUAUCAGUCGGGGGGGCGCAUUCGCCGACCCGUGAACGUGCCCAUAGAUGUGUUCUCUGAGGAAAUCAGAUUUUAUCAACUUGGCGAGGAGGCCAUGGAGAAAUUUCGAGAGGACGAGGGCUUCAUAAAGGAAGAGGAGCGCCCUUUGCCAGACCAUGAAUUCCAAAGGCAGGUCUGGCUUUUGUUCGAGUACCCGGAGAGCUCCGGGCCCGCGAGGGGCAUUGCCAUCGUGUCAGUGCUCGUCAUCCUCAUCUCAAUCGUCAUAUUUUGUCUGGAGACUUUGCCUGAAUUCCGGGACGACAGGGACCCGGCCACAGUGGCUCCAACAAUAAACGGAACCAGCCCGUAUGUGCGGAGUCCCUUCACAGACCCUUUCUUUGUUAUAGAAACACUUUGUAUAAUUUGGUUUUCUUUCGAACUGUUGGUCAGGUUCUUUGCCUGCCCCAGCAAAACAACUUUCUCCAAAAACAUCAUGAACAUCAUAGACAUUGUGGCCAUCAUCCCCUACUUCAUCACCCUGGGGACGGAGCUCGCUCAGAGGCAGGGCAACGGGCAGCAAGCCAUGUCGCUCGCUAUUCUCAGGGUGAUCAGGCUGGUGCGCGUUUUUCGUAUCUUUAAGCUCUCUCGCCACUCCAAGGGCCUCCAGAUUUUAGGUCAGACUCUAAAAGCCAGCAUGAGAGAGCUGGGACUGUUAAUAUUCUUCCUUUUCAUUGGAGUUAUUUUGUUCUCCAGCGCGGUAUACUUCGCGGAGGCCGACGACCCUACCUCGAGCUUCAGUAGCAUUCCAGAUGCGUUCUGGUGGGCUGUAGUAACCAUGACUACGGUCGGAUAUGGGGACAUGCACCCAGUGACGAUAGGAGGCAAAAUCGUGGGCUCUUUGUGUGCCAUCGCCGGAGUGCUCACCAUCGCGCUCCCGGUGCCCGUUAUAGUGUCCAAUUUCAACUACUUUUACCACCGCGAGACGGACGGAGAGGAGCACGCUCAGUACCUUCACGUGGGCAGCUGCCAGCACCUCUCCUCCACCGAGGAGCUCAAACGGACGCGUAGCACCUCCUCGCUCAGCAAGUCGGAGUAUAUGGUGAUAGAGGAGGGGAUCAAUAACGCAUUCAAACAGCCAAACUUUACCACCCAGAACAACCAAAACUGUGUGAAUAUCAAAAAGAUUUUCACCGACGUCUAA